UUAUCAUAAACCCCCACUCUCACCCAACAAAACCUAGGGUUUAUCCUCCUCUCAUCACAAGAUGGCCGGUCGAACCCUAAUCUCAAAGCUCUCCCCUCUCCUCGCCACCCGAAUCCCCGUCCUCCGCCUGCGCCCCCUCGUCGCCGCCUCCUCCAUCCUCCUCCGAUCCUCCGCCGCCUCCGUCGCCAGCCUCCGAUCGUUCUCGUCUCGGCCGACGACGUCGCUCUCUCACGACUCGUCGCCGAACUGGAGCAAUCGGCCGCGAAGGGAGACGAUUCUCCUCGAUGGAUGCGAUUUCGAGCACUGGCUUGUUGUUUUGGAGCCGCCGGAGCCUAGUGCGACGAGGGAUGAGAUUAUUGAUUCGUACAUCAAAACCCUAGCUCAAGUUGUUGGAAGCGAGGAAGAAGCAAGAAUGAAAAUCUAUUCAGUAUCAACAAAGCAUUAUUUUGCUUUCGGUGCCCUAGUUUCUGAGGAGCUCUCUUAUAAGAUUAAAGCUUUGCCAAAGGUUCGCUGGGUUCUUCCUGAUUCAUACUUGGAUGUGAAGAACAAAGAUUAUGGAGGAGAACCAUUCAUCAAUGGAGAAGCUGUUCCAUACGACCCCAAGUACCACGAGGAGUGGGUGAGGAACAACGCACGAGCCAACGAGAGAUCUCGUCGCAAUGACAGGCCCCGGAAUUUUGACCGCUCUAGGAAUUUUGAGAGGAGGAGAGAGAACAUGCAAAAUCGACCGAUGCAGAACCAAGAUUUCCAAGGCCGUUCAAACCCACCACCACCACCAGCACAACAAAAUGCUGCAGCGUUCAAUCAAAUGCCUAAUAAUAACGCACCAUCACAGCCACCACCCAACAUGGGAUACCAGAACCAAAUGCCUAAUAGCAAUGUUCCACCAUCACAGCCGCCUCCACCCAAUGGAGGUUACCAGAACCAGAUGCCUAAUAGCAAUGCUCCACCAUCACAGCCGCCUCCACCUAGUGGAGGUUACCAGAACCAGAUGCCAAACCCUGGUUAUCAGGGAGGCGCCCCGGUUUAUCAAGGUCAAGCCCCCCCUGCUUAUCAAAAUCAACAAGGAUAUCAGGGAGGAAGUCCCGGUUAUCAGGGAGGCGCGCCUGGUUAUCAGGGAGGGAACUCCGGUUAUCAGGGUGGACGCCCUGCUUAUCAGGGUGGCAGCCCACCUUAUCAAGGAGGAGACUCUGGCUACCAAGGUCACCAAGGAGGUAAUAUGCCUAAUUACCAAUCUACCCCUUACCCAGGAGGCAACUCGAGUAAUUAUCAGGGAGGCGGUGGUCCUGCUUAUCAAGUAAGAGAUGAGCCUGUUAGAGAUUAGUAGAUUUAAGAUAAAUGCAGAGUUUAGUAGUACUUUGUGGUGCUUUUCUUUUGAACGAGGUAACUUGAUGUCAAUGUUCCAAACGUGACGUGUAGUGUAGAUUUGUGCCGCGUGUUUGCUUUUGAUAAUUGGGAAUAUAGUUCUGGGGCUUGAUGCUAUUAUGUCAGGUAGACCAAUGAGCAUGAUUUGUAUCGAGCCAGUUGCUGCACAUUGAUAUGGUGGUUGUGAUAAUUUGGUACGUUAUAUUUUCAACGAGUAUGCUGGUUCUAUAAUCAUGUGCAUCUCCCUACAUUUGCUCUGAGCUUCUGUAUGGCGUUGAUAUCUGGGUAUCAAGAACGCUGGGUGGAAUGAGUUCUGCGGGGUCUAUAUUUCCCUUUGAACCUGGUGCAGCUUCUUAUGAAGCUUAGUUUAGUGCUUUCUUCUUUAUUAUUAUUACUA